AUGGACGAGGAACGCAAGCAGCAGUUAAUCAACCGUCGGACGGCCCUCAUGACCUCGCUAGGAAGAGCUGAACAGUUCGCAUCGAAAUACCAAGCCAAUCGAGACCAAGCCCAACUGCCACUUCGAAUCGAGAACCUAGAUAGCAUGUGGAUGGGACUGGAGGAAGUACAGACGCAGUUAGAGGAGUGUGAAACCACCGAUGAAGGUAGGGAACAGAACAACCAAACCCGUGCCAAGUUCGAAUCCAUUUUCUUCAAAGUAAAGGCUGCUCUACGAUCCCUAUUACCCGCCAAUAAUACCCAAAAUCCAAGCGCAAUCCCUAACCCCGCUGCAAAUGCACUAGCUGGCAUCAAGCUCCCCACCAUUUCGUUGCCAGAGUUCGAUGGCGAUUAUAAUCAAUGGCUGGCUUUCCAUGAUACCUUUGUCGCCCUCAUUCACUCCAAUGUUGAUGUUCCCGAAGUUCAAAAGUUUCAUUAUCUCCGUGCCGCUUUGAAGGGAGAAGCCGCCCAGUUAAUUGAAUCAAUUGCAAUUAGCACUGCCAACUAUAUCGUUGCUUGGCAAGCAUUGACUUCGCGCUACGCAAACGACUACUUGCUCAAAAAACGUCAUUUGCAAGCACUACUAGAUUGCCCCCGCAUGAUGAGAGAAUCUGCAGAAGCAUUGCAUAGUCUGGUUGAUGAAUUCCAACGCCAUACCAAAAUUCUUCGUCAACUUGGAGAGCCCGUAGACCAAUGGAGCACGAUGCUCGAACACUUGCUUUGCAUUCGCCUUGACGAUGGGACCCUCAAGGCAUGGGAAGAUUUCGCUACCACCGUCGAUGAACCAAAUUACGCUCGCCUCGUCGAUUUUCUACAACGUAGAAUUCGAGUUCUUGAGUCGAUGUCCGUCAACCACCAGUCGCACAAUUCGCCAAUGCCAGUAAGCCAUUUCCCCUCCAAUCGCAGACCGUUUUUCCCAAGAGUUGCCUCCCACACUCUCGCUGAAGAACAACAGCCUAAAUGCUAUGCCUGUAGCCAGUAUCAUUUUCUCGUCAAAUGCCCUCGAUUUGAAAGAAUGAACGUUGCAGACCGUAUGAAACUGAUCGAUACUAAUCGCCUUUGUGCGAAUUGUUUCCGCCACGAUCACUUUGCUCGAAACUGUCAGUCCAAAUACUCCUGUCGACACUGCCAAAGAAGACAUCAUACCAUGCUGCACAAUGUCAACAGCUUCAAUGAAUCAUCCUUUCAACCACCUGCACAACGCCCCGCCAAUCAAGCUACUCAUCAAGCCAGACCGUCAUCGAGUCAAAACAAUACUCCAUUCACAACGACUACCUACACAUGCGCCAAUUCCUCUUCUCAAAGUAGCAACCCAUCACCGUUAUCAAACUCAAAUGUGCUACUUUCCACCGUCGUGCUGCUAGUCGUCGAUUCAAAUGGAUCCACUCACCCUGCACGCGCCCUGCUAGAUAGCGGCUCUCAAUCCAACAUAAUGAGCGAGAGAUUGUGUCAGCUACUGAAGCUAAAACGACGAGCAGUGAAUAUUCCUGUUCAUGGUGUGGGGGAAUCAGCUUCCAAUGUAAGACACAGCGUGCACUCGGUCAUAAAAUCCAGAAAGAACGAUUUUGCAAUGGAUUUGGAUUUUUUGGUUCUCCCAAGAGUCACUAUUGACCUCCCCGCCGUCACAUUCUCGGCCCAGAAUUGGCGUAUACCACAAGAUUUAUUCUUGGCCGAUCCCAGCUUCAAUAAAUCUGGAGCAAUUGACUUGCUACUAGGUGCGGAACAUUUCUAUUCCUUCGUCAACCCUGGUACGAGAAUUGAGCAAGAUCAGCAGCAUUUGCUUGUCGAAAGUGUUUUUGGAUGGAUUGUCGUUGGUAGAAACCUAAUUUCACCCGUCGUUGAACCCGUUGCCUGUCACGUGUCCGUAUCAGAUCCCCUCCAUGAUGCAAUUGAGCGCUUCUGGAAAAUGGAAGAGAUCAAUAACAAACCAAACUAUUCCGUCGAAGAACAGCAAUGCGAGACACAUUUCGUAGAGAAUGUUACCCGAAAUUCUGAAGGAAGAUAUAUGGUGCGUCUUCCCCGCCAUCCCGAUUUCGAUCACAUGCUGGGUGAAACGAAAGCUGUUGCCAUGCGCCAAUACCAUUCCCUGGAGAAACGCUUGGAGCGCGAUCCGAACCUGAAGCAGGAAUACCAAAACUUUCUCGACGAGUAUCUAUCGUUAGGCCACCUUCGAAUUGUUUCUGCGAAUGAACCCGAGCCGCCACAGGUCUCCUACAUUCCACACCAUCCCGUCGUGAAGGAGUCAAGCACCACCACAAAAGUCCGUGUGGUAUUCAACGGAUCGGUACACUCCACUACCGGAUUUUCCCUGAACGAUACCCUAAAAGUUGGUCCAGUAGUGCAAGACGAAUUACUCACCCUAAUUAUUCGUUUUCGCAAGUACCCUGUUGCACUCGUCGCUGACAUCGAGAAAAUGUACCGUCAAGUACUGGUCGACCCAAGAGACACCCCUCUGCAAAGAAUAUUUUGGCGUUUUCAACCCGAUGGCCCCAUUGAAACGUGCGAAUUGUUAACCGUAACGUACGGUUUGGCGUCUUCGUCUUUUCUUGCCACUCGCACCCUAAACCAAUUGUGUCAAGAUGAAGGAGACAACUUUCCGCUCGGAGGACCAGCCCUGAUCAAAAAUUUCUAUGUCGACGACUAUAUAGGUGGUGCCCAAUCCAUCGGCGAAGCAAUCAAUACCAGGACUGAAUUGAAUGAGCUGCUUGUGAAAGGCGGUUUUCAGCUCCGCAAAUGGGCAUCCAACGUUCCGCGGGCACUAGAAGGUCUAGAUCCAUCCCAAAUUGAAUCUAAAGCGUUCCUGAAUCUCGAUACAGAAAAAGCAAUCAAAACUCUAGGCGUUAGAUGGGAACCCAAACCAGAUAAAUUAAGCUUUGAAAUCGCUUCCAUCAAUCCUACUAGCGCUACAACGAAAAGGACGAUUCUAGCUGGUGUAUCCACGCAUUUCGACCCGCUUGGUAUUACUUCUCCAGUCGUCAUUCGUGCGAAAAUACUCCUGCAAGAGCUGUGGCUGCAACCGUGUGGGUGGGAUGACGAAAUUUCUGAUCCUGCCAACGAGAAGUGGACAUCCUACUGUUCCGAUUUGGCAAAGCUAUCCUCUUAUGCAGUUGACCGAUAUGUUUUUCUUCCAAACUCUACCUACGAGCUUCACACGUUCGCUGAUGCGUCUGAGCAAGCAUACGGCGCUUGCACCUUUGCCAGGUCGAUUUCCUCCAAAGGCCAGAUCCGUGUUCAUCUGAUAGCUGCAAAAUCCAGAGUCGCUCCCCUCAAACGUCUAUCGAUACCAAGGUUGGAAUUAUCAGCUGCCGUACUCGCCGCCAGAUUGCACGCAAAAAUCCUCGAAGCUCUCGAUAUGGCCAUAUCGGCAUCCUACUUUGGUCCGAUUCAUCAGUUACCCUCGAGUGGUUACGUUCUCCUCCGCAUAUUUGGAAAACCUUCAUCGCCAACCGAGUAUCUGAGAUCCAAACCACCACCCACGGAUCGCAGUGGAACCACGUCGCAGGAACCCAUAAUCCAGCUGACCUGA